GCAGAGAUUCAAACAUGGUUGAUGGAAGUGGUGGCUUGGAGACAGAGUCCUCGAAUGGGAAAGACACAGCAGAAGGUGCUGGGGAUACUUCAGAGGUGAUAGAUACCCAGGCGGGCUCAGUGGUAGAACAGAAUGGCAGGCAGAGAUACCUCAUCCUGUCUACCAUUCAUGACCAACUACAGUUUUCACUGCAAUGUGUCCAUCACAACGGCGGGAAGGCCUAUUUCCUCCUCAAGCAAGCAAACCUGAAAGAAAUGUGCCUUACUGCUUUGGCCAACCUCACAUGGCAGUCCCGAACACAGGAUGAACAUCCAAAAACUAUGGUCUCCAAAGAUAAGGCUAACAUACCAUUUACUGAAAAUACUGGGAGUGUAUGACAACCAGACAGAGACCUGGAAAAAUGACUUGGCCAAAUAACAUUGUUAAAACAACGAGUAAAGAAAGAGAUGUUUUCUGGGUAAAGGAGUACCUUGAUCCUGGGAGUAAGGACACAGAAGAAGAUUACCCUAAAUUUGGACUUUUGGACCAGGAUCUUAGUAACAUUGGUCCUGCCUAUGGCAAUCAAAA